AUGGAGAUGAUUAAUGCCGAGAUUUUCACGCUCACCUACGGCAGCAUGGUGCGGCAACUCAUAGCAGACCACGAGGAUGUGGAGGAAGUGAACGCGCAGCUAGACAAGAUGGGCUUCAGCAUAGGGCAGCGCCUGAUAGACGAGUACCUGGCCAAGAGCAAGACGCAGCGGUGCUCCGACUUCCGGGAAACGGCAGACAGGAUCGCAAAGGUGGGGUUCAAGAUGUUCCUCAACACCACCGCCACCGUGGCAAACUGGAACGCCGAGGGCACCGAGUGCAGCCUGAUCCUGGAGGACAACCCGCUGACCGACUUUGUGGAGCUGCCCGAGCAGCUGGGGGCGCUCAAGUACUCCAACCUGCUGUGCGGCGUCAUCCGCGGCGCGCUGGAGAUGGUCAACAUGGACGUGGAGUGCGCCUUUGUGCGUGACGUGCUGCGGGGCGACGACGUGUACGAGAUACGGCUCAAGCUGCUGAGCAGCAGCACAGAGGCCUACCCUUUCAAGGACGACGACUGA